AUGACUACAACUCGUUGGAAUAUCGAAACUCUUCUUGGUUUGGCACAAAGAUACAUCUUGAAAACAGUAAGAUUCUCUUCUUCCUUCAAACAAUUUUCCAACAAAGAUUCUAUAAUUUCCAGAGAUUGUCACCAAAUCAUGUGGCUCGCAUCAAAAAAUCUUAUCCAAAAAAUGAGAUUCUUUGCAACUCGAAAGCAUUGGAAGUUCUUCAAUCUCUUAUUGAAAAAUCUGGAAACAAUUUAGAAAUCUACGGAACACCCGAAGAAUUGCUGAAAGAUUUGGAGACGUUCGGAGAUUUUCCGAUGAAUGCAGAAUUUCAUGGAUUGGGACCAGAUUGUUUGAAUUAUUUAGAAUCUCCAAAGUGUUAUUGGGAUCAAAAUGGAAAUGGAUUUAUGUCAAAAAUGGAUGUUUUUCUGAAUAUUUAUGGGAAUUUAUCAGUUAUUGAAAAUGAUGGAGAUGAACUUUUGAAUGAAUUAUUGAUGUCGUGGGGAAAUCGAUUUUAUAGAAAAUUGAAAAACUUUUAUCGAUUUGUUAGUUUGGAAGAGGCUGAAGAAAUAACUCGAGAUUCUGUUCGAACAUUCAAAAAUUGUUCUAAAAAUGAUGUGAAGUUCGACUCAAUUGACGUUUUGUUUUCAACAAUUUCCAAGUUUUUCGAUUCAACGUUUGACAAAACUUUGAUGGAAAAACAUAGAAAAUCACUUUUGAAUUACAAAAAAACAAAACCAUUUUCGAAAAACCACGAAUUCUACAAGGAAAUAUAUCAAAAACAUCAGAAAAUCGAUAACAUCUUGAAGAAUUUGAUAAAUCAACCUAUUUUUGAAGAAUCUUAUGGAAGUCGUGUUUGUCGAAUUUUUGACGAUGAAGGAAAUAUGUUUAUGAUGAAAGAAGAAGUUGAAAUCGCAAUUGGAAGAAGAAUUGAUGAAGGAGAAAAUUUGCAUAUUGGAUUUUUGGAAACUUUAGAAGUUGAAAAAUUCGAAAAACUCUUGAAUGAAUUUGAAAUUAAAAAGAAUGAUAUUCAUGUGAGUUGUUUUUUGAAAGAGUUUUGAAUGGGACCCGAUUUUGAGGAUGUGACACCAUAUUAGUUUAAAAAAACUGAAAAAAAUUUCACACCCAAUCUGAGCUUAUAAUUUUUCUUCAUUGAAUCAAUAUUUAUUUAUUUUUUCUAGUAAGUCGUAAAUAUGAAAUGGGAUUUUCUUGAGUUAUACUAUACCAUUAAAAAACUAAUAAAACAAACAACAUUUAUUUCCAGCUUGUUUCUCAAAAAAUAAUUCGAACUGAAAGAAACAUUGGGGUUUCAAUCAUAACUCCAAGAGGAACACAUUGCAAAUUGGCAAUUGAUGCAUUUUCUGAUAUUUUUGAAUAUCUUUCAUCUGGUCUCCGUUUAUUUGAAAGUUCCGAUUUUGACAAAUCGAAAUUAAGAAGUAUUUAUGAGUGGUUUAAAGAAGAAUUGGAUAUUUAUGGAGGAAUAAUGGAAAAAGAUUCGAGAAACAAAAAUGAGAAGAGAAUGGGAAGAUUUUUUGUGGAAAUAUGGAAAAUUGAAAAAAUGAUUGAAAAAAUGAAAGAUAAAUUUGGAAAUGAAAAAGUUUUGAUUGACUCCAAGAAAUUGAAUAAGAAGAAUCGAUAUAACAAGAUUGAAACAGUAAAAAUUAUUUCAAGUAUCACAAAUAAUAUUCUGAACAUCAGCGACGAAGUUGUAAAUUCUCGAUUCUUGUAUUUUUCCAAUUCGCAUCGAAUGUCAUUAAUGACACCAAUGUUGAUUUAUCGAAUAUAUGAAUAUUGUGCUAAGAUUGGUUUCAUCAGUGGCGAUGAUGAUUGUCGUGAUUUUAUUUGUAAACAAGGAGUUUGUCGACAACAAUUAUUUCGAGGUUUCAGUUGUUAUUGUAAUAUGUUGAUUAGCACAAACUUAGAGGAAACAAAGUCAAGUGAUAAGAAAAAAUAUUACUCGAAAAAAUUGUUUGAGAGAAUAUCAUGCAAUAUUGUCUAAGCUCAUCAUAUCAAGUUUAUGGAUAUUUUCAAAUAUUGUGUGGUUGCUGAAAAUGGGGAAAAAUAUUUUGAUAAUGAUACUUGUUUACUGAAAACUCUGGAUUUAUCAGUGAUCAAUUUGACACUGGAAGAUCAAGAAAUUGCUCGUGCAAUUUAUCGAGAACAAUAUUCGGAAAUGAAACGGAUUUUUUAUUUGGACAAGGAGGAAACGAUGCAAUUCGUAAAAGAUAACACAAAACAGUUCAACGGUAAUAAUUAUUCAAUAUUUGAAAACAUAGAACUCAUCCCCGCCUCCAAAGAUCCCCAAUCAUUAUAUUUUUUUACAGAUCAAAUGUUGAAAAUCUCGAGUUUUUCAUAUGACUGCUCAAAAAAAUCGAUCAUAAAAUGGAGUGAUAUUCCAAAUGAAUUUGCGAAAUUUUCUAAAAAUCUAAUUGUGAUAAUCUUGAACCAAUUUCUGAAAAAUCUUGAAAAAGCAACAAAAGUUGGAAUUCCUUCGGAUGUUAUUGCACAAUUGAAGAAAAAAUGCACGUUUUUUCAAUUUUUUUAUAACAAAUGCGCUCAAAAUAUGAGCAACUUGGCCGAAUUUACAAAAAUUUGUCAUGAAAAAAAAGAAAGAAGGUGUAUUUUACGAACAAUGGCAAAAUGCCGAGUUGACAGACAAUCAAGUUGGCAUUGUUUUAUCGAUGAAUUAUUGGAAUUUGUGCAAGUUUAUUCAGAUGUUACAAAAGGAACAGAUAUAUUGAUUGAAACAAUCGAAAGAUAUCAAUUGGAUAAAUUUGAUAAAUAUGCGGUUUCGGAAAUUGAAAUUGAUACUUUGAACAUGGAUGAGAAUUUUGCAAUUAUUAAAAAAUUGGUAAUUUUUGUUCCGGAUAUUGAAUUCAUGCAAUGUUCGAUUAAAUUGCCACUCAAAAUGGGAUAUGGAUGUGUCAAAGUUCAAGCACCCAAUCGCAAAUGGGUUUAUCAUCAUAUUCAGGUAAAACUGUUUUGAAACGGUUCACUUUUUUGGUCUCACACGGUGUUGAGUAUUGAAAUAUGAAAAAUAAUAUUCACAUUUUUCAGGCGAAGUUUAUUUUAUUUCAAUGCACAGCAUGCGACGUCGAUUUGUUUUUUGAUCAAACUGAAUUAUCGAAAAAUAAACGUGAUUGGAAAGAUGAACUUAUGUUGGCGUUGAAAAUUAUUCCUCAAGGAUAUAUUUCAACAAAUAUUAUUGAUGGUCUGAUUAAAAAAUGUAUGAAUUGUGUUAUAUUGAGAUAUUCGAAAAAGGUGAUUUUUUGUUAAAACUUUCUAACACUUUUUUCAUUGUAAAUUGAUUUUUCAGGUUCACAAUCGUGUGGCAUUAAAUAUAAUACAUGAUAAACAAUAUAAUGAACUCAUUUCACUGGAAGAAGUCACCAAAUUGAACAUGAUACACAAGUAAAGUGCAAUAAGACAGUAAGGCUUUAAAUGUGUAAUUUUCAGCAAAAACGAAAUGAAUCAAUUCUUGAAAAAUGGCAUGUUUGAGAAUUCGAAAAACGGUGAAAAAAUCGAAAUCUGGAAGGCCAGAUACAUUUUCAUGAUGAAUUGGAUUGAAAAUUUUAUGAGAGAAGAUGAAAAGGUAAGAAUUAUCAUGUAUAUUUUCAAAUCAAAAAAUAUAUUGAAUUUACAGCUCAAGUAUGAGAUAAAACAAGCAUAUACAUUUUGUUUGCCGUAUUUGAUAAUUGAAAAUCAUGCGGAUUGGGUGAAUUGGAUGACCAAAAAUUAUUUGAAAUCAGCAAAUCGUUUAUUCGAUAUUUCGAAGUUUGAACAAUGUGUUGUGUUUUGGAAAAAAAGCGAAGAGAAAAAUUUUCGUUUCAAAGAAACUGACUUGGUUGAAAAACAUCAUUGGGAUACUCAGAAAUAUGAUACAAUCACACAUUUUGUGGGGAAAUCAAGAAUGUUGAUGCCAAAUGAGCAAAUUUGUGAAAGUAUGCGAGAAGAACAAAUAUUGAAAGAGAAAAUCGAGAAAACUAAUAAUGAUGUAUUGGGAUUGUUGAUGAAUCAAGUUAAAUUGACAACGAAUAUUUUUUCAUCAAACGAAUUCAAGCCAAUUCAAUGUCUCAAAAAUCUACUUGAAAAACAAUUUAGUGAUUGGUUUGUACAAGAUGAUCAAGAAUGGUUUGAUAGAAUCUUCGAAGAUGUGGACUUUGUGGAAAAUUUUUGUGAGAAGUUCAAAAAUGUUCUGGAAUUUCGAACAGAUGAACAUGGAAAUCGAGAAUUCAGAGAGAAAAAAGAUGCGGUUUUACAACAAAAAGAAAACUAUGAAAAACAAUUGAUGAAGACGUUUUGGCCAAACAAUAAAGAACAAAAAAAGAUAAGAAAAGAAACCGAUUUGGUUAAAGAAAUCACUAAACAAGCUCGGAAAAAUGAGAAAAAAAUCGAGCCAGUUAUUAUGGAUUCACCAAAAAAAACAAAGAAGCAAAUUGAAAAGAAAGAGAAACAGGAAAAGAAGGUGAUUACGGUUGAAAUUGAAAAACGAAUUGUGGAAGUUUGUGAAUUUUGUGAUUCGAAUAAAACCGAUUUGAUGAGAAAAACAAGAAGAAUUGAUGAAUUGGAAAGGCAAAAUGGACAAAUGACAAAAGAAAUUGAAGAUUUACAUAGUGUUGUUGGAAACUUGAAAGGGUGAGUAAGAUUUUUAGAUGUAGAUGUUGGUAUGACAAAAAACUAUUGUAUUGAUAAGUGAAUAAGACUAGAUUUUUCACUAAUUACGAUUAUUAUGCACCCACAAUUUUCAAUGUAUGUAGAUCAUACUGUAGAUCAUACUAAAUUUUCAUAAUACUGUAGAUCAGCCCACAAGGCAUUGUAGGUUAGACAGUGAUGAUUACAAUAAAUGGUAAUCGAUAAUUUUUAUUUUUCAGACAAUUGACCGAAACGCGAACCAAAUAUAGAACAGAAUCAAAGAACCUCAAAAAAGAUUGCGAAAAUAAAGAAGAACGAAUUUGCCAACUUCAGAAUGAAAUUGAACAGUCUGUUGUUUCUUUUUCGUAAAAACUCAAAAUCAAAAAAACUAUUUUCAGGAAUCGAAAAGAAUCUCGAGAAGAACGAGACAAUUUGUCUGCUGAAGAACGAAAAGAACGAAGAAAAAUGGAAAAUGAAAUGACAAAAAUGAGGAAUCAACUGGAAAAUCUUAAGUUUUUGAACAACACGAUGACAAAACAGCUGAUUCAAAAAAGCGCUGAAAAUGAUGAUCUGAAAAUACAACUCGAGAUUGAAAAAGAGAGAAAUCAAGAAUCUUUGUAA